CCCGUCUCAGCUGCGAGUGAAAAUCCGCCCUUUCACUCCUCUCCCCUCUUCACCUUUGCUUUAGCUGCAUUUUGUCCAGCCUCAUCACCAACCUUCCCAGCUCGCCUACCUCGGUUCUACUGUGACCCAAUCCAUACAAUGACUGAAGAAUUGAUCAUCUGUUCUACUACGGUAAACGGAGUACGAGUUCUCGCCUUCAAUCGGCCCACCAAGAGAAAUGCACUGUCCGCAGAGCUGAUCUCGGUCUUCUUGGAGCAGCUGUCGACAGCGGCCACGGACAAGGCGGUACGGGUCAUCAUCAUCACCGGUACCAGCACCUUUUUUUCUGCCGGCGCCGAUAUCAAAGAGAUCUCAGAGAUGGAUGCAGAGACAGCACGCGGCUGCCGCUAUCUGAGGAACCUUUGCGAUGGGAUGCGCGCCGUGUGCAAGCCUUUAAUGGCGGCAGUUGAGGGAAUAGCGCUUGGUGGAGGCUUCGAAGUAGCUCUCAUGUGCGAUCUGAUCUUCGCUUCUAACAUCGGCCGCUUCGGUUUGCCGGAGGUCACCCUCGGCUUGAUUCCUGGAGCAGGUGGUACUCAACGCUUGACUAAUGCUGUUGGGAAGUUCAAGGCUAUGCAGAUGAUCCUUCUGGCAGCACCCAUGACCGCCACCGAGGCACUCUCGGCGGGUCUCGUUGCUCAGCUGUUCGAGCCUGGAACUGUCCUUGAGAAUACUGUCGAGAUAGCAUCGCAGCUGGCAGCCUCGAGUCCAACGGCACUGUCGCUGGCCAAAGAUGCGGUAUCCCGAGCGGACGAGCUCGGUCGUGACGAUGAGUUUGAACGGAACCUGUACUAUUUCGCAUUCGGAACCCAGGAUAAAAAAGAAGGCAUCAGGGCAUUUCUUGGAAAAGAAAAGCCCAAUUGGAAUAUCGAUUAAUUCGCCAUUUUAAUACGGGAUUCCGGGUGAGAAAAAAGAAGUCAUCUAGAAAGCUAAGACUUCCGUAUCAAGUUUAUACCCUAGCUUAUUGCACGAGGCUAAUAUACACGUCGUGACUCCGAGAUUCUGUUAAGUUGCAUCGCGUCAUGAAUUGCACUCGACACUUCCGACCUUUUUCAUUUUCUAGUCAACGUAGUAAUACAUCCACUAUGACGUUUUAUGCAUUCAAGGUUCUCAGCUAAGCCUAAAAGAAUGAGGGAAGAAGUAUAGGCAGUAAAUAUCGCCAAUUUGAA